UUCACUAUCCAAUGCUCUGCUGAUCAGACUGCAGUUGUAUUUGGGGGAAGUUGGCAGCUGGCGGCUCACGGCAAAAGGCGUUCCUCUCCCCGGCGCUUGGACAGUGGAAUUAUGAACAGAGCUGACCCAGCCUCUAUCACCCUGUCUUGAAUCCGUUUCUGUUUCACAACGAGAGAAAUUAAAGCGACCAUGGAGAUUGGAGUCCGCAUCCUCUUGGCUUUCCUCGUCCACCAGGUUGCCCAUGUGGGUGGCCAAGAGGAUGGAGGCCAUGAGGGCUGUGUGCCUGGCUUCCAGGUCAAACACUACCAGGUGGCAGACAGUGGACCCUUCCAGAAAGGCCAGCCGCUUGUACAAGUUGAGUUUGAUGACUGUGCGGGGAACAAAGACGUAACGUUUGAGGUGUCGGACCCCAGCUUCCAGGUGGACGGGGAUCUGAAUUUGGUUCCAUAUCAGGACGUCCUGUACAGCGGGCCAGUCCUCUUCAUCCAUGGAGUCAGUGCACAUACAGAUGACAUGGCACAGGUGGAAAUCAUUGGACUGCCGGUUCAGUCACAGCACACUCUAAGGAAUAUCCUGGGGCUUGGCCAGACGCUGACAUACAGAUCUAAGAGAUCCCUGCUGGUCCCUCCUAUGAUUGUAACUGAGAACCAGAGAGCCCCCUUCCCCAGGCCCAUUGGCAAGGUGAUUUCAACAGAGAAGUCGGGGAACCACAUCUUCCGACUGACAGGCCCCGGUGCUGACCAGGAUCCCAAAGGUCUCUUCAUCAUUGACACAGACACAGGAGAAGUGUCAGUCAGCCGCUCACUGGACCGGGAGGCCAUUGACUCCUACAAGCUGGAAGUAUCAACCACAGACUUCGCUGGAAAUCUUAUCGAUGAACCCACCUUACUACUGAUCACUGUCAUCGACCAAAAUGACAACCGGCCCAUCUUCAAAGAGACACGUUAUGCAGGAGAGGUGCUUGAAGGAUCCCCUACAGGAACCACAGUGAUGAGAAUGACGGCAUUCGACGCAGACGACCCUGCCACAGAUAAUGCCGCGUUGCGCUACAACAUUGUCAGGCAGUCACCAGACAAACCGUCCCCGAACAUGUUCUACAUCGAUGCAGAAAAAGGCGACAUUGUCACCGUCAUCUCCCCCACGUUACUUGACAGAGAGACGCUGCCAACCACGACAUAUGAGUUGGAGAUUGUGGCUAAGGACAUGGCAGGAAGUGAGGUGGGCCUAACAGGAACAGCCACGGCUACCAUCACCAUCACAGACGAGAACGACCAUGCCCCUGAGUUCACACAUCCACUGUUUGAGGCAUCUGUGAAUGAGGGCUCGACGGGGGUGGUGGUCAACCUGACAGUAGACGACAGAGAUGAUCCAGCCACGGAGGCGUGGAGAGCGAUCUACUCUAUAAUAAACGGAGAUCCCACACAGAGCUUUGAGAUCCAAACCAACCCAGACAAUAAUGAGGGAAUGCUGUCAGUUGUCAAGCCUCUGGACUACGAGGCCACAGCGUUCCACACACUACUCAUCAAGGUGGAGAAUGAGGAUCCUCUGGUUCCUGAUGUUGGCUACGGCCCCAGCGCCACAGCCACUGUCCAUGUCACAGUCCUAGAUGUCAACGAGGGUCCCGUCUUCUUCCCGGAUCCCCUGACAGUCACCAAGAUGGAAAACAUCCCUGUGGGCAGCUUUGUGGCCUCACUCAAUGCUACAGAUCCAGAUAUAUUACAGAUACAAAACAUAAGGUAUGCUGUUCUGCGAGACCCAGCAGGCUGGCUGAGUGUGAACCCAGUCAGAGGAACUGUCAACACUUCAGCCUCGCUGGAUCGUGAGUCUCCUUAUGUCCAUGACAAUAAAUACACAGCUGUCUUCAUCGCCACAGAUAACGGCAACCCUCCAGCCACAGGUACUGGCACAUUGGUCAUCCACCUUGAAGACUACAAUGACAACGCCCCCUAUGUUGUCCCAUCGGUAGCACGAGUAUGUGAAGAUGCCCAUGAUAUGAACGUGGCCAUAGUUGGGGGACGGGACAAGGACCUCCCACCUAACGGCGCACCCUUUAAGAUAGAACUGGGAAAACAGCCCGGCAUUGACAAAACAUGGAAAGUUACCAGAGUCAACUCCACACACUCCCAAAUCAUGCUUUUGCACAGUCUGAAGAAAGCCAACUACCAGCUUCCGUUGCUCAUCACCGACUCAGGGGUGCCCCCUUUGUUCAACAACACAGAGGUCAAAGUUCAGGUGUGUGUCUGUAAGAAGAAUAAGAUGCACUGCAGCUCUGCCCACUCUCAUCGCGCCAGCCUUCUCGUGCUGCUUGCGACUCUCCUGCUCGCCCUGCUCUGCCUGUAGAUUCUGCUGAAACCUCCCGUAGUCCUUUUCGCAAACACUGAAAAGCAACGACUUAUCUCCCCCACGCAACCCAGGCUUAGGAGAGAAGAAGAUGAAAAAGAAGAAGAAGAAGCGAGAAGAAUUCUUCUCACCACGACAAAUCAAACAAGAAAAUACACACAAUCCCCACCGGCACAACUGCUGUACAACACCACUCUGUGUUUUUUAAAAGAUUUCUCACUUAUCCUCUUGCCACUCUCGUCUGCUUCUCUUCAUCUUUACUUUCUUUGUUGCAUCUGGCCCCUCUAACUUCAGUCGUAUCUCAUCUCUUCCUCCUUUCCUGACGCAAGUUUGACUCACUUUGACUUUUUUCCCCUCAAUCUGUCCUCUCCUCAACCCUUUUCCACCAUUGAUUGUUCCAUUUCUUUUGUUGUUUUUCUUAUGUCUGUCUUCUAUUCCAUUUUGGCAACGCACCAUUACACUGGCAGACAAGCACUGGGUGUUAGCAGCGUUCAUGGCAGCAUGCCACAUCCGUACAAGAUACUUGAAACAACAUGUGUAACGAUAUUGCAACAAAAUAAAAGCUAUAAAUCUACUUCAUAUUGGACCUCACCUUUAAACCUUUGGUCUUUUCCCACAGUUCAUCAGAAACUUCUCACUCCAUCCCCAGCUUUCUUUUUCUCCUCCUUCCCUCUUUUUCCUGCCAUAGCUACCUCUGUUUCUCUGUUUCCUUUUCCCCGCCUCUUCACCCCACCGCCCACCCCCCUACUCCCAUCCCCCAUGCAUAGACAUCGUCCCAACUAUCUAUCUGCCUCACCUUCCCCGUCUCCACGUCUAUUGACCGCUCUCUGUCUCUCGGUGGGCCAGGGAACACUGCGAAGGCUGAGCUACUGUCCUGGUCGGGGAAGAGCAUUGACGUUUUGAUGUGUUCUUUUCUUUUCUUGUCACAGACUGUGUUUGAUCUUGUUUCCUCUUUAAGUGGAAAGAACAAAGCCUGUUUUCUUUGUCUGCAGUGGUUGUGGUCUUUUAGAACAAGGUGGUAGCCAUAAGCCUUCAAAGUCAGAAACUCUCUGGAGUCGUUUCUUCGAUUUGCUUCUGUUUUUAUUGCAUUAGUUGUCAUGGAGUGGAAAACAGUAUAUCUUUAUAGUAACGGUGUAAACCUUAAAAAAAAAAAAAAGUACUAUUAUAUAAAUAUUUUAUUUUUUACCAUUGUAUAAAUACAGUAUUGAUUAACUUAUGUACUUUGAUUGCAAGUUGUUUGGUCACCCACACAGUGAGUGAAUAAAAAAAAGAGGAAACCUUUUUUCUGUGAAUUUUAGGCACUAUUUCUAAUGCUAUUGAUGUGUUGACUAUUUUAUUGUAACAUCUUUUUUUUGUUGUUAUGUUUGUUUUUUUAUUAUUAUUUUGAAAUCUGUAAUUAAUUGCAGAAUCAGGAGUCUUGUUUUGAUGACUGCCAUGUGUUUAGGUUCAAUUUUGUCUCACAUCAGUUCUGCCCUCUCCUGUUCUCUCUCCAUCUCUCAUUACAAGUCACAAGAUGUGUAAGAAGAAAACAAAGGCAGUGGUUUUGGUGGAUAAUUUUGCUUGUUUCUCUUGCGCUCAUCAAAAGAAUGUAGCGUGUGGGUUUGUGUGGAAGACCACCUUACAGAAAAAGAUGACAUUUUGAAUGAGUUACGUCUGUCUUUUGCACUAAUUUAAUAAAGCCGUUACUGAAAAUUCCCACACCGUUUUGCUAAUUGUGUGUUUACUGAAAUGCCAUUUGACCUCUAGUGAAAGGAGUUGUGCACACAUUUACGCGUUACCGUAUGAGAGUGUUAUUUACAUCUUUGCAUUUUUGCAUCUUAGUCAAGUUCACCUAAAGGAUUAGUCUGACAUUUUGGAAAAUACAUUUAUUUGCUUUCUUGCUGAAGGUGAGAUGAGAAGAUUUGUGUUUGUUAAAUGUGAAGCUACAGGUAGGAGAAGGUUAGGUUAGGUCAGCGUAAGGACCGGCGGUGGGGAGAAACAGCUAGACGAUGACAGCAAGACUUCAGGAAGCCACUGACCCCGGCCAAAAUACGGCCAAUCUGGCCAGUUUUUGCUGCCAAGCUUAACUAACUGUCCUCUAGCGAUAGCUCUAUACUUAGCCACCAGACAUGGAAGUGGUAUCAAUCUACCCAUCUAAUGCUCAGCAAGAAAGCAAAUAAGUGUAUUUCCCAUAAUGUUGAACUAUCCUUUUAACAGUUUUUAAAAUUUUAACCUCCAUCUAAAAUAUAACAUCUGGAGGCUGGUUACCAGAUUGAUUUGUUUUGGUCGAUCAGCUGAUGAUUAGGUGUAAUGUAAUACACAAGUAACUUUCUUGGUUGUAAUGUUUUUGUACUGCAUUGCCUAUGAUCAUUUCACAAUUAAACAAUGGUAUCUGUGUUUUUCCUUGGA